AUAAAAACAACUGUAAUAUACUUCAAAAUGUAUUUGAUCCUAAUAAUUCUGAUGUUGGAAAAUCUAUCGGAGAUGUCGACGUACGUUUAGGCAAAGUAAAAGUUGCCAUUAAUACACAGGAAAAGUAUAAAACUUUCUAUAGAGAUUCAGAGUUGUCUUUAUUACCGGCGGAUCUACUUGUUCCACAUCGUCACUUAUACUUAGUCAUCUUUCAUCCUGUGCACGAGGAUUCGUUUUUAGCCUGUGCCAAAAUCAAUCAUCGUAAACCGAUAUAUACCAAGGCCAUAAUUAAUUCACGUGGUAUCAGAGGUCAAAUAACGGCAAUUCAAGAAACGCCAUUCAGUCCAACGUGGAUCAAUAUCUCAUUAACAACAAUAAAUGAUUUGGAAACUAGAUUACGGUACGCUACUAAAGUAGCGUCUUAUAGGAUCCACGAAUUACCACCAGAACCAGCAAAAAGUGUCGGAAUUACUAUUGAUCCAUGCUUAACUACUAAAAAGUUGUUCAAUCCUUUGAAUAUCGAUGAAAAGACUACGCCACCAGCAGGUUUCGGUACUCAAGAUCAAUAUGCUAUUGGUGAUCUAUCUGGAAAGCUUCAGAACCGAAAGGAAGGAUCAUAUCACAAUGACAUUUUACCUGGGAGUGCUAAACUCAGUGGAAUUUAUUGGGACACAUAUUUACCGCUCUCUGGAAUCCACAGUAUUAUUCACAGAUCUUUAGUUCUUUACAAAUACACUGAGACUGAUAACACAGGCAUGGCUCCAUGGGUGUGCGGCACGUUCAUGCUUUAUACACCGCAUACUGAUUGGCAAAUGCCGAUGUACACAGCGGAAGUAGUAUUCAGAUAUCCCAUUGUUGGUCGAAUACUUUUCCGACAGCCUAGAGAUGAUCCCGAGAUGGAUACUGUUGUAAUAAUAGAACAUCUCGUUCACGCAGAUGGCAAUGCAAUAAAUAAUACUGCGGAACACAG